UACACGAGUUGACUCUUUUGACUCACGAGUCACACACCAUGACGAGAUCGAUGAAGCUCAAGAAACGAUCGCGCUUGAAGAAAGGAAUAAAAUCAACGAUAAAGAAAGAAAAUGGUUCGAGUCAUAAGAUCACUAAAUACUGGAUUCAACGAUACCAUCUCUUCUCAAGAUAUGACCAAGGUAUCGAAUUGGAUGAAGAAGGAUGGUACUCUGUGACUCCUGAAGUAAUCGCAAUCAAACAAGCUCAGAGAUGUCGUGGUAAAGUGGUCAUUGAUUGUUUCUCAGGCGUUGGUGGUAACACUAUUCAAUUUGCUAAAGUAUGUUCUUCUGUUGUUGCUAUUGACAUUGAUCCGGUGAAAGUUGAAUUGGCGAUGAACAAUGCAAUGGUUUAUGGAGUUGCUAAUCGUGUUGAUUUUGUCAUUGGUGAUUUCAUCCAGUUAGCUCCAUCUCUUAAAGGAGAUGUAGUGUUUCUUUCACCACCAUGGGGAGGACCGAUGUAUAGAGAUGUUGAGAGUUACAAGUUGGACAUGCUUCAACCAAGAGACGGGUACUCAUUGUUUCAGAUUGCUCAGUCCAUUACGCCUAACAUCAUUAUGUUUCUACCGCGAAAUGUUGAUUUAGCGCAAGUGGAAGAACUAGCUUGGCUCUCAUCGCCUCCGCUAACUCUUGAGAUAGAAGAAAACUUUGUUGGAGGAAGAAUGAAAGCUGUAACAGCUUAUUUUAGUUGCAAUGCAGUUUAGUUGAGAAAUAGGAACCCUUGCAUCAAGGGAACUGUCUUUUAGCAUCAAGCAAUAGAGGAACUGAGAAUUGACUCUUAUCAUUCACUAUCUGUUCUUACAAUUUUUAAUUUCUUGAAAAGAUUUUUUAUUCUACUUCCAACAAAGACACAAAACUGUCAUUCGAAUU